UCAGAUAAGAUGGGACGCCGCCCAGCCCGUUGCUACCGCUAUUGUAAAAAUAAGCCCUAUCCGAAGUCUCGUUUCUGUCGAGGUGUACCUGACCCCAAGAUCAGAAUCUACGACAUCGGACGCAAGAGGGCAGGAGUUGAUGAAUUUCCAUGCUGUGUGCAUCUGAUCUCGAAUGAGUUGGAACAGCUGUCAGGCGAGGCGUUGGAAGCCGCUCGAAUUUGUGCCAACAAGUACAUGGUUAAAAACUGUGGCAAAGACGCUUUCCACAUGCGAGUUAGAGUGCACCCUUUCCACGUCGUCAGGAUAAAUAAAAUGUUGAGUUGUGCUGGCGCUGAUCGGCUGCAAACUGGGAUGCGAGGAGCAUUCGGCAAACCGCAAGGAACUGUUGCCAGAGUUCGCAUUGGUCAGCCGAUUUUGUCAAUGAGAGUUAAAGAUAAUCAGAAGGCUUCAGCUAUAGAAGCCCUGAGGCGAGCAAAGUUCAAGUUCCCUGGACGACAGAAGAUUCUUAUUUCAUCCAAGUGGGGAUUCACUAAAUGGGAGAGAGACGAGUACCCCCAGAUGCGGCAAGAUGGCAUCCUGAAGGCCGAUGGGUCCGGGGUUCAGUACAGCCGAAAGAUGUUCAGAGCUGCUCAGCAUUCCAUCAAGCUGGCAGCAGCUGCUGAAAACGCCGCUGAGUAGCAAGUACACUGAUCUGCGCCUCUCUGAAAUUGUGAUUUUCCUUGUCAUCUCAUAAGUUCAACUUUUCAUCUCCUUGACUGCUUGAAUUUACUGACGUUUUAAUAAAUUCACAAUUUCACUUUCAA